AUGUUGGUCGUGGGAGUCAAUUCAGGAACAUCUGUCGAUUCCAUUGAUGUUGCAAUUUGUAAAGUGAGUGAUCAUGAACAAAAUUUCACCACUCAAAUUUCAGAACACAUCAUUCCCAUUCCUCGUCUGCAAUUAAUAGCUUUCGGAUCAAUCCCAUGGGAAUCACACGUACGCCAGCGAAUUUUCCAUUUAAUGAGAUCCCAACAGUUGAGUGCCAAAGAUUUUUGUGAGAUGAACGUUGUGAUUGGAGAAGCAUUCAAAAGUGCCAUUGAAAAAGUUUUACUCGAUCAUGAUAUUGAUGUGAAAUUGAUACAAGUCAUUGGCUCGCAUGGUCAAACGAUUUAUCAUCAAGUGGAGAGCAAUGCUUUAAGGAAGGAUCAAGGAAAUAGUCAAGCAACAACAGAUCUAGUUUGUGAAAACAUUUCAUCAUCCUCAUAUCGGAUGAUUAAAUCCACACUUCAACUUGGAGAUCCAUCGUGCAUGGCUCGAUUAGGAAUACCAGUGAUUAGUAACUUUAGAGUGAAUGACGUUGCAUUGGGAGGACAAGGAGCUCCUCUCACGUCAUUGUUUGAUUUUCUAUUGUUGAGACAUCCAACGAAAUGGAGAGCAAUUCAGAAUAUUGGUGGAAUUGGAAAUGUGACCUUUGUACCUCCUCUAAAUUUCUCAAUCGACACCCAAGACGCAUCUUCUCUUGUGGUUUCAUUCGAUACUGGUCCAGGAAAUGCUCUCAUUGAUGAUUGUGUGAGAAUUGUUACAAAAGGAAUCUCCCAAAUGGAUCUCGACGGGAAAAUGGCUAGCUCUGGAACUCGAAAUGAAACAUUAUUUAACCAUCUUUGUGAAUUCUACAAGCCCUAUUUUGAAAUGCCAUACCCAAAAACAAGUGGCAGAGAAUUAUUUGGACACGAUCAAGUCCAACAAUUUAUUGAACAAAUACAUCCCAAUGAAGAUUAUAGUAUGGAUCCAUCGAUGGCAAAUUCCCUAGUUGCAACCUUUACAGAUCUCACGGCAUAUAGUAUCACUCGUGCAUAUUCUCUCGUUAUUUCCAACUUGAAAAUUCAAACCAAUAAUUUUGAAGUGGUCGUGGCAGGAGGAGGUCAACAUAAUCCUCAUCUCAUGAAACGACUCUCUGAAAUGCUCUCUCAAGAAUUUGGUGAGAGUCCAAACUCCAUUCGAAUUCUCUCUCAUGAACAAUUAGAUUCCUCACAAGCAUUGAAUAGUAAUGCGAAAGAAGCCAUGUUAUUUGCCUUGUUGGCAUAUUUACAUGAACAGGGACGAGUGGCAAACCUUCCAUCGGUGACUGGAGCUUUAAGGGCAUGCAUGUUGGGCUCAAAAACACCUGCUUUGUAG